CUAAAAUAUAAAAAUUUCGAAAAGAAGGGAUAACCGAGUUGCGGCUUAACGGGAUCUCCCUUAUAUAUUCCGGCAACCGAAGCGAAUAGUAAUCACCGUCCGUCAUAAGAAAGAAGAAAGAUGACGACAGCUGCAAGGCCGACAUGGGCACCAGCUAAAGGAGGGAAUGAACAAGGCGGAACCCGUAUUUUCGGGCCAUCUCAGAAGUAUUCUUCAAGAGAUAUCGCUUCUCACACUACCCUUAAGCCCAGAAGAGAAGGUCAAGACACCCAGGAUGAACUAGAAAAGAGAGACCUUAAAGAGGAGUUGGAAGAGCGUGAGCGGAGGCACUUCUCAUCUAAAGAGGACAGAGAUCGUAGAAAGAGUAGUCAUCAUCUACUGGAAGGUUCAAGGAGAGAACAUGAGGAACGCAUCAUUCCACGCAGUAUAGAUGCUGAUGAUGCGGAUGGGGAUGUUGAUAGUGAUGACGAGAGUGAUGAUGACGACGAUGACGAGGAUGAUGAAGCUGCACUUUUAGCAGAGCUGGAGCUUAUAAAGAAGGAAAGAGCUGAGGAGAAACUACGCAAAGAACGAGAAGAGCAAGAAGAGGGGCUUAAACUUAAAGAGGCAGAACUAAUACGAGGAAACCCUUUGCUUAACAACCCAACAUCUUUCAGUGUAAAACGAAGGUGGGACGAUGACGUUGUUUUCAAGAACCAGGCUCGUGGGGAAACCAAGGCUCCAAAGCGCUUCAUCAAUGAUACUAUACGCAGCGACUUCCAUCGCAAGUUUCUUCACAAAUACAUGAAGUAAGCCUAGUCAGGGAUUAGGAAUGCAGUCUCCAAGAAUGUGGUUUCAUUAAAAUGUGGAUGUGGUUCAGGAUAUCAUCUUUUGUUUAUGAUUGUAUAACACUUGAUAAUAUUUGAAUUUGUGAGUGUACUCCAGCCAUUAAAUACUAAGGUUGAUUGUAAUUGGAAAGAGUUAUUAUGUACAUUUGCUUUUCAAGUACCAUCCUCAAUUUUCUUUUCAA